AUGGCGGACGGCGACGGGAAGGACGCAGCCGGCAAUUUGCCGCCGGUGAUGCCGUUCGCGCCGAUGAUGAUGAACAUGAUGCCAGGCGCGAUGAUGCCGCCGUUCCCAAUGGGUGUCCCCUUUCCCGGAGCUAUGAUGCCAGGAGCCGUUCCGGUCGGAGUCAAGAAGCGCGGCCGGUCCCGCCGCAAGAACGAGGCCUUCGGCCGCCGCGCCGGCGACAGCACUAGCGGCGCCAAGGACCAUGAAGAAGGCCGCCAAGACAGUAAACGCAGUGAAAAGCGCUCGUUCAUCUCAACUCGAGGUCGAGAACGUAUCCAGAACGACUACAACCAGCGUUUCGUGGAGACGGGUGAACGCCCGCAGAACUUUGUUCGGGAUGUAGGCGAGGGUAAGCGGUUCGGUGAGUACCCGAAACUAGACCGCCUGUCUAAUCUAAAGCGCGAGAUCAUCACUAAGCGUGCAACGCCUGCGCGCCACAUACGCGCCGACUUGCGAACGUUUGACUUCGACAGCCUGAAGGUGCUGUUCGAUGUCGUUCUCAUAAACCCCCCGUGGCGCACAUUCAAAAUGCGGGAGCUGAAUCAGAACUUCGGCUGGACGCUCGACGACCUGAUAGAGCACGUGCCGGUGGACAAGAUCGUGGAUGCGAUGUCGUUCUGCUUCAUUUGGUGCGACUCGUACACUUUAGACGACGCGAGAAACGCGCUCCGCCACUGGGGCUUCCGGAAAUGCGAGGACAUUUGUUGGCUGAAGACCAACGCGAAUUGGAGCAGCCUUGACCCGUACGGCGACACCACGACAAAGAUCCGCGACCUGGAUUCCAUCUACCCCCCAGCACUGCUGCACAAGACGACCGAGCGUUGUCUGGUUGGCCUUCGCGGCCCUGUCCGUCGUAACGAGGACGACUAUUUCGUGCACUCCAACCUGGACACUGAUGUGAUUAUAUCGGAAGAUCGCGACCCGCGCGAGCGGCUGCGCAUGGAGCUCGAACUGCGGCUGGACGAAGGUGAGGACAUGCAGAUGCAAAUGGACACGUAUCUCACUAAUCUGAACCCCAAGCCUCACGAGAUUUUCGACAUCAUCGACAGGUUCUGCCUGGGUCGCCGCAAGAUCGAGCUGUUCGGCAGCGACGCCUCUAUUCGUAACGGUUGGGUCACUGUGGGCCCCGCGGUGACUAAGACAAACUACAACCCCGAUGAGUUCCUGAAGUGGACUACAGGCAGCGGUUGCUGGCCACAGGUUCAGGACUACCGUGGAGGCCGUUUAAUGGGAACUUCGGAAGAAAUAGAGAACUUGCGGCCGAAAUCGCCAGCGAAGCUGGCAGGGAAGGAAGCGAGUGAGCUGCGUGACGCUAUUGUGUGA